AUGAGCGACCAACUGUCAAGUGAUGAAGGGGGAGAAUCCAGGCCAGUUGGUGAGAGCCCCUUUGGUGAGUGGGAAGCUCAUCUUGAUAAUCUGGCUUGUGGAGACUCCGGUGAGAAUUACAGUCGAGAUUUUCUGCAAGACAGGUCGCCUGUCUUGAGUGCGAGUUUUGACCCAAGUGAUUUGGAGGAAGUGCAAUGGUACACAAAGGCGAAUCUAUCUGACAAGGGUAGUGAUCUCCUUCCUGGUUCUGUGACGGCAGAGGAGCUUCCGAAGGCUCUGCCUCCGCGGGGCUUGAGUGUGCCGGGGUGUUCUUCUGACGAUCGUGUAUUCAAUGUCCCAGCUGCAGUGGCCUUUGCACACCAGUCUUUACCCACUGCCGGUCUGGAGCAGUGCUGGGAGAAAGGGAUCUGGGCGGACAUUUUUGGAUCGCCAAAGGAUUUGUAUCAUGGAAUGCAUGGUGCUGUGUAUAAGAGACCAGAGGCCGUGCUUUUGGAAAGUGAUUCUUCGCGCUCGAAGGCUGCCAAGACUUCUGGUUCGGCCGACAAAUCUGGCGGAAGUUUUACUUAUUUGAAUGCAGUCAAGGACCGGGAAGCUGUAAGCUGGAAGGCCAAGAGGGACAAGGAGCGAUCGGAGACUCUUUACCUCUGGCAGGGGCUCAUUGAGUCCUGGCCUGCCAAGCUGGCUGUGGUUCGGCAACUUCUGCACCUGGGGCAUUUGCCUCGAUAUUUUAUGAUCGAAGAUUUGCUUGGUGGCAAGGCAGGCCUGCUUCUGCUCGGAAGGCAGUUCUUGAAGCCAUCACGUUCACGAGAUUUGUUGUUCACGAGAUUUGUUGUUGGGAUUCCGGAACUUGCUGAGCUGGGUGGGAGCAAGCGCUGCCAUGGCAGCGCGAAGCAGCGAGAUUUCAAGGCUCGGGUUCAGGCCUCUCCCUUUACGGUGGCCGAGCUGACCAAGCUUCACCACAUUCUCGCUACUGACGCGGAGCUUUGGAACAGGCUAAUGGCCGGCGCCCUCCUUUUCGCUACUUAUGGCAGAGCUCGCUGGGAGGAUUUGUCCCACGCAGAGUCCAUCACUGUAGAUCGUGGCGAGAAUGGUGAAGCGGCUUUCAUAGAGGCCGGCGUGGGAGUCCACAAGACAAUGGGCGCCAAGCUCAUACGAGGGCAGCUGUUGCCCAUGGUAGCGCCUGGUGUGGGUGUUACAGAAGACUUGUGGAUAGAACAAUUUAUGGAGACAAGAAGGUUGCUGGGGAUUGGUGAGCCGCCGCUUUUCCCUGUGAUGCCGGCCCCGGAUCAUCAAGGCGUGUGUCGAGCCAUUCUUGCAAGUGCACGUGCAUUAGCUUUGCGACCAAGUUCGGAGCAAGUCCGAAUGAGCGAGCCGACUGUAGGUGAACUGUCCAGUAUCCGGCAGCUGCACUUCGAGGCCUCAACCUUGGUGAUUCAGACUUAUAGGGACAUGGCGUUGCAUGAUUCAUCAGACGGUGCACCGAUGAGAAAGCUUCCGCUGCCAGAGAAGCGGGCACGCAAGGAGUCCCAGCAGGCUAGGCUGGGAGGCAUAGACAUGGACGGGGAACUUGACCCGUCGUAUCAGCUGAUUGAUGCCUGCAAUCAUCAGAUGGAGAAUGCAGUGAUUUAUUGGCUUGCACCUUCUAAAUGCCCGAAGCGCGAGCAAGAGGUCGUUGCAGGUUUCAAGGAGAAACCAAGCACACUCCAAGUUGAGAACAACACCGUCAAGGUUGGAGGUCCGGGUGUUUCCGUGGAGUGCGACACUUCGGACUCUUUGCGAUGUCAGUGGGCCUGGAUGCGAAGGGGUCUGGCUUAUGAUCAGUGCAAGAUGCUUUCUUACAAUGUUCAUCAGAAGUGGAUUCAAAAGCUUUUGGACUGCCUGUCACAGGUCCCUCCACCGAACUUCGCCCCAGUUACGUUGACUCAGUGUGUCAGAGCAGAUAAGGAGAUGUUCCUGCUCAUGUCACAGGUUGUGAAGGUUGCGCCGACAAAGGUAGCGGAGGAUGACAAGCCACACGUACCGCCUAAGGUGCCACGCAUCGCGACUGAGAAGGCUAAGGCUAAGGCGAAGUCGCGAGGAGGUCCGAAGAACAAGCCGGCAGCCUUAGCACCGUAUGAUACCAGGACCAAGUUUGGCAACGCGUGCUGGGGUUUCAAUCUUCCCGAUGGCUGCUCGAAUAAGACUGAGAAGGAUCCGAAGUCAGGCUUCCAGAAGUGUGACAAGGGGGGGCAAGAUUCAGAGAGUUUUCCCCUUGAGCAAGCCUCCGCCCCUUGCAAUGGAAUACCCGUUGUUGGGGUUGGCAAGGAUGCUGAUGCAUUGACCGGGUCCGUCGAGCGGUUGGCUAUGAAGCGCAGCUUCAGCCAAUUCUUGAAGACAAAUGUCGAUGUCGAGAGCCCGGAUGCUUGUAUGGCAUCGCGAGCUGACAAUCAGGUCGCGGAUCAAGUAUCUGCGGAUACCCACGAACAGAUGGCUCGCACCAUGCUGCAUGCAAACGCCUUCACUGCCAGCAAUUGCAUCCGCCUGUUCGAUGCUUGCCCCAAGGACCGAUCUCUUCGAAGUGUUCAGCACAGCUCAGUUGCAGGAACGCGCAUAAGCUUUGGGUUCUAUGUUCGAGGUAGUAAAGCCAGCAUCUUCAAUGCAUGUAUGUCGGCACCGGCCACCUGCCGAUUCUUCGCUUCUGCGGUUCGAUUCGUCGACCCCUCUCAUGUGUUCGGGGCUUUGCAGAUUCUUUCCGAUGUUCGCUCGGAGAUUCAUCUUGAUAAAGCCAACGAGAAAGGAUCGAGGAACCUUGUCAUCCUUCUCACUUUCUUUGAGCAAGGCCAGCUCUGGAUUCGGGAUGAGGCAGGGCAACAUGAGCUCAAGCACGGGGAUAAGUCUUUGUUUGGAAAGUUGCUUGAUGUUAAUGCCGGGCCGCUUCGCCUAGACCCAUCAGUGCACCAUGCAGUUCUGCCUUGGCUCGGUCGCAGGGUAGUUUUGAUGGCACACAUGCCGUCUUUUGCUGAGAGGCUCAGUCGUGAUGACAGGUCUUCCUUGUCUGAGCUGGGAUUUGUUUUCAGACAUUUCGCAGGCCCUUGCAGUGGCCCUUUGAGGGACAUUCGCGUUGAACCCGCGUCGUCUGCACAUGACCGCUGUACCACUGAGGACUUCUUGAUCUUGGAGCUGUGUGCAGGUCAGGCAGUUCUUUCACGAACGGCUGACUCUCUUGGCUUCAGAACUUUGGCAGUCGAUAACAAUCAGUUUCGGUGGCCUAGCAAGCACGUCUUGUGCCUUGACCUUUGUGAUCCUGCCAACAUUGAUUAUCUCCUUGAAAUAAUUUCUGCAGAGAAGAGCAAACUCGCCAUGGUCUUCUUGUCUCUGCCCUCUGGCACCACUAGUGUCUCUCGAGGCAAACAUAUAAAGAAGUGGGAGGAGCGGGGCUAUCAGCUGCCUGUUGAGCUCCGGAGCUCUUCGCAUCCGGACAUGCUCCCUGGGCUUUCUUCUCAGGAUCGCAAACGGGUCGGGGAUGCCAAUCAGCUCUACUUCGAGACAGCUAGAUUGGUUAUGGCAUCCGUCGGGCAAGAUGUUCUGACUGUUGUCGAGAAUCCUGACUCGCUGAUUUCAGCUUUGGCAAAUCACAUCCAGGUCUCCUUGGCAGGUCCAUCGCCGCAGCAAUCUGUCCCAGAUCCGAGGACUGAUCAGGUCGCAGCAAACGGCACUCAGGUUGAGCUUGUGACGAUUGGCAUUCCUUGUGAGCCUUCCGAGUUCAUUCGAAGGGCUUUGAUCACGGGGCACCCCAGGAGUUUCGAGUUUCAUCUUGAACCCGAAAUAGAUGCUGCGAUUCAUUCGAACUUUGUUGGAAACCCUGGUGACUUGGCUCGUGCCCGAAUCGACUUCGUCAAGAAGUGGAGUGCGAGAGCUAAGGAGCUUCAACCUGAGGAGGAUAAGCUUCAUUCCGACAUGCUUGGCUACCUUGCACAGGUGUUGAAAGGCAAACGUCUUCUCCUGUUUAAGGAAAUGAUGCAAGCGGCCGGAUGCAGCGAUGAGCACUUUUUCAGGGAUGUUGUGUCUGGCUUUCGCAUAUCCGGCUGGAUGCCGGCCACCGGCAACUCCGGGCCUAAGGUCAGGGCACCAAAGAUGUCAGUGGACACACUCAAAUUGCUUGCCCCUGGAUUGAACAAGACCGUGGUGUCUAAGCUGGCGCGCCGUGAGGACCCAGAGCUUGAGGCAUCAGUGUGGCAAGAAACACAGAAGGAGAUUGACUUAGGUUGGGUGUGGGUUUCGACCGAGGUCUCUCUUUGUAGCAUUGUCAUGCGCUUCGGUAUUGUUCAAAACGGAAAGGUUCGCUUGAUUGAUGACUGUACCAUCUCGUGCCUUAACUUGACGGUUGGGCUUUGCGAAAGGUUCGAGCUACACACGAUCGAUAAGCUUGCUGCGAUCCUGUCGUGUGCACUUGAGAGGUCCCCUGCUGCAGGCUUAAAAGGCUGGGUUGGGAGAAAUUAUGAUCUCAAGUCCGCAUACAAACAAUACGGUGUGCGCCCAGUCGAUCGCUCUUUGGUGAGACUGGCAGUCAAUAAACCAGAGGAGGAAGAGCCACUUCUCCUUGGUCUUAACGCACUGCCUUUUGGAUCGGUAGCCUCAGUGAGUGCGUUCCUGCGUGUAUCCUUUGCCAUCUGGAAGAUAGGGGUGGUGCUGGCAAAAAUAGUGUGGACUGCGUAUUUUGACGAUUUUACAAAUGUCUGCAGGAACAUUUUGAAGGACAACACUGCGUGGGUCAUCGAGUGCUUGUUUGAUCUGCUAGGGGUCCGCUUCGACAGGUCAGGUAAGAAAGCGAUUGACCAUGCAACUUCCUUCGCAACUCUUGGUUUGCAGGUGGACCUUGCAAAUACUGAGGAUCGUGUGAUUCUUGUCGGCCACACCGACAAGCGGCGCGACGAGCUUUGCACUGCACUCAACGAAGUUCUUGAACAGGGCAAGUUGGAGCCCAGGCCUUUCGAGAGGCUGAAGGGGCACAUGGUUUUCUUCGAAGGUUACAGCUUCGGGAGAGUGAGCAACCAAGCCGUCAGGUCUUUAUCGAGGGCUUGCAAACACACGAAUUCGGCCGUUCCCUUGAAUGCUCUGCACAGGUCUGCAUUGCAUAUCUUGAUCGAGCGAACCAAGUCAGCUGAACCUUUGAGGAUUCAGCCGUGCCUUCGGGCAACUUGGUUUCUUUUCACGGACGGAGCUUGUGAAGCUGAUAGAUCGUGGGGUGGCAUCGGAGGUGUUCUCUUUGCCCCGAAUGGCAGCUGUGCUGGUUAUUUCGGCGAGUCGGUCCCAGAUGAUCUCAUGAAGCAACUUCUAUCCUUUUCGAAGAACCCAAUCUUCGAGCUUGAGAUUGCUCCAAUCUUGAUUGCAUAUGAUCUGUGGAAGGGUCUUGUCCAGGGAGCACAACUUGUGUGCUAUCUUGAUAACGAGGGAGCGCGCUACUCUUGCAUCCGUUGCUUCGCAGAUACCUCGAGUGUCGCUGAUGAUUGGGUGCGAGGCAUACUUGAUCUUGAAUCUCAAGCACGUGUGAACAUGUGGUACGGCCGCGUACCCACUUCAUCGAACAUAGCUGAUGGGCCAUCUCGGCUUGAGUUCACAGAGGUGCAGAGGCUUUGCAGGUACAGGUCGCGUCCGACCUGGGCCGCUCUCCUUUCAAGAAGGGGGUGA